AUGAAGCUACUUUCUUUGUUCUCACUAGGGGCGAGUACCUUCUUUGGCUUUGCUAUAGCCAUGACCCCUCGUCCCAUGGAGGACCUUGGGCGUGGCGUUGUGGCUGUUCGGGCAAGCGAACAGAACGUCUUAGUGACUUGGAGACUUCUGGGUCUCGAUCCUGACAAAAUCGGUUUCAACGUCUACCGUAACGCGAAUGGAGACAAGCUUACAAAACUCAACUCGAAUAUCCUUACCAAAGGGACCAACUUUCUCGACAAGACGGCAGAUGAGACCGUGCCCAACACGUACUAUGUCCGCCCUGUCGUGGAUGGAAAAGAGCAAAAGGCCUCGGGCUCUUUUAUUCUACCUGCAGAUAACGCAGUGGAGCCCGUGGUGCGAAUCCCACUUCGUCCGGGCACUACCAUUAAAUACGUCUGGGUCGGUGACCUUGACGGCGAUGGAGAGUGGGACUAUGUUAUCGACCGACACGCAAAGCGUCAAUCUAUCGAGGCAUAUACCAGCAAUGGGACCUUUCUAUGGGAGGUUGAUUUGGGCCCUGGGAGCAAAAACCAAAACAAUAUAUCGCCUGGGCCGUCUACUAUUGAUGUAGGUCAUUGGGAUGGCGUCACUGUGUUCGACUUUGAUAGUGAUGGAUAUGCGGAAGUCGCUAUUCGCAUUGCCAACGGUGUAACCUUUGGCGAUGGCCAGACAUUCACAGAGGGUAAAAACGCGACUUAUCAAUACAUGGCUAUACUCGAUGGACGCACCGGAUCUCUCCGUGCCUCCGCCCCAUUACCCACCGAUUACAUAGCCGACGGGCCCUUGGCUUGCCGUGUGGGAGCUGGCUUUUUAGACGGUAAGAGGCCUCAUCUGGUAGGCUUCUUAAAGAACCGCCGCCAAGACAAGGAGUUUAACCUGCUCGUUAUGGCCUGGACCUUUGAUGGCAAGUCAAUAAAGGAGGAAUGGAAAUGGGCUCGCAAAGACGAGUACAAAGCCUACCCUGAUGGACAUAAUAGCCGCAUUGUGGAUGUCGAUGGCGAUGGUAAGGAUGAAUACCUUGAAAUUGGCUUUGCUCUCAACGGCAAUGGCAAAGUAAAAUACUCUCUUGGAGAGAAAGGUAUCAUCCACGGUGACCGCCACCACAUUGCCAAGAUGGACCCCAAACGACCUGGUCUCCAAGGCUAUGGCGUUCAGCAGAGGUCUGAGGAUUUCUUAUAUGAGUACUAUUUCGAUGCGAGAGACGGUACCAUAAUCUGGGAGCAUCACGGCGAGGAGAUUCUCGAUAUUGGACGGGGCAUGGUGGGCGACAUCGACCCUACAAGCGAAGGCAUGGAGGUCUGGUCCUUCGGGGGAGGAGUCUACAACGCUAGGUCGAACAAAAAGUUGGUUGACGAUAUUGACCUUGCACCCUGGCCUCAUCUGGGAAUCUGGUGGGACGGUGACGCCCUAAUCGAGCUCUUCAACGACGGAAAGUUUGAGAAGUGGGACUGGAAGAACCCAUCAACGUCCAAAGAGGUUCCCCGCCUCUUAAAAGUGAGCACGUAUGGCGGUGUUUUGAACGGAAGGUAUCCCAUGUUUAUUGGCGAUAUUCUAGGUGACUGGAGAGAAGAGGUUGUGGUGACUAACGCUGAUAUGGACGAACUGCUUAUUUUCACCACUGACCAACCCUCGGACAUUCGUCUGUACACUUUGGCACACAACCCUAACUAUCGGAAUGAUAUGACUGUCAAAGGUUAUCUUCAGUCUCACCAUGUCGAUUACUUCUUGGGUCAUGGAAUGGAAACGCCACCUAGACCGAAUAUUCGCUACACAAAGAGGUCCUAA